AUGGACCCGGCGGCGGAGCCCCUGCUGCCGCAACCGGCAACCGCCGUCGACAACCUCGGCCGCCCAGUAUCCCUCCGCACCUCCGGCCGCUGGCCCGCCGCGCUCUUCAUCAUCGGAGUGGAGAUCUCGGAGCGGUUCGCCUACUCUGGCAUCUCGGGGAACCUCAUCACCUACCUCACCGGCCCACUCGGCCAGUCCACGGCGUCGGCCGCCGCGGCCAUCAACGCCUGGAGCGGCGCCGCGCUUCUGCUGCCGCUGCUCGGUGCCGCCGUCGCAGACUCCUGGCUCGGCCGCUACCGCACUGUACUCUGCGCCUCCCUCCUCUACAUCCUGGGUCUGGGCAUGCUCACACUAUCAUCAGUUCUUGCGCCACAACAACCAGCACAAUUUGGAGGCCACGUGGAUUCUACUGUAUCCUCGACUUCGACUAUUCAUUUAUCUUUCUUCUACCUCUCCCUCUAUAUGGUGGCCUUUGCUCAGGGUGGGCACAAACCUUGCGUGCAAGCGUUUGGGGCAGACCAAUUUGACGAGAACGAUCCUGAAGAAUGUGCCUCAAGGAGUUCCUUCUUUAAUUGGUGGUACUUUGGGACAUAUGGAGGCAGUAUUGUUACAGUUUCAAUCUUGAACUACAUUCAAGAUAACAUAAGCUGGGAGUUUGGGUUUGGAAUACCUUGCAUCGUUAUGUCACUUUCUCUUGUGGUUUUCUGGCUUGGAACCAAGACAUACCGAUUUUAUCCUGUAAGAAGUGGUGGUAGUCUAUUUGGGAAGGUUGGCAAACACCUUCUAUCAUCCAUUAGAGUCUGGCAUGCAUCAUGGAAUUCAAAAUCAUCUGAUGAUCUUAACUGCAUUCCAACAUCGUCAUCCAACAGAGUCAAGGAUAAUGCAGAAAUGACAUGUUUUCCUGACGAAGCCAAGGCAGUUCUGAAGUUGUUUCCAGUAGGGGCAUCCUGCCUGAUUUAUGCAGUUGUUUUUGCCCAGUGGAUGACGUUGUUCACUAAACAAGCAAGUACACUAGAUAGGUGGAUAGGUAGCUUCCAGGUUCCAGCUGCUGCCUUACAAAGCCUGAUCAGUGUGUCGAUCGUCAUCUUUGUUCCCAUAUAUGACCGUAUCCUUGUUCCACUAGCCAGGAAGUACUCAAAGAACCCUCGCGGUAUCACAUCCUUGCAAAGGAUUGGAACUGGACUAUUCAUCUCCGUGAUCUUGAUGGUUGUUGCGGCCCUUGUGGAGAUGAGAAGGCUCAGGAUAGCUAGAGACUAUGGCCUAGUGGACAAACCUGGAGCGACGAUUCCGAUGAGCUUUUGGUGGGUGGUGCCUCAGUUUGUUCUGACUGGCUUGGCGGACAUAUUUCUGAUGGUCGGCUUACAAGAAUUUUUCUACGACCAAGUGCCAGAUGGCCUGCGCAGUUUGGGUGUCGCCUUAUACCUGAGCAUAUUUGGAGUUGGGAGCUUCAUCAGUAGCCUUCUGGUGUAUGCAAUUGACAGGGUAACAAGUGCCAGCGGAGACAGCUGGUUCUCGGACAAUCUAAACCGAGGUCAUCUUGAUUAUUUUUACUGGCUUCUGACCGUGCUCAGCGUUCUUGGGCUGGCUGCAUACCUGCACUUCUCGCAAGUGUAUGUCCACAAGAGAAAGGGCAUUUCAGUGCAGUGAAGGUAUGCGUGAUGCAUUCGACGGAAGAUGUCUUGGAGGCUCGGCGCUUGCUUAGGCUGUUGCACAUCACCAGACAGAUUGUCUGCAUGGACGCUGCAUUGCUUCAAUCAGGCAGAGGUGAGAUUUUUUGUUCUGAAGCGGCUGUAGCUGUCUUGGGUAACUUGUACAAGGUGAAUUAAGCCUUGAAAGUGAAAGGGAACCUCAAAAAAGAAGCGCCAUUGGUAAAGUGAAAGGCAAUCUAAAAAAAAAGGUGAAAGUGAAAUGCAAUCUCGUUUCCUUGUAAACUGGACGGCCGAACAACCGCAAAUAAUUGCGCAGGAGACUAAACUAUUCCCGCUA